AUGCUUAAAUUGUUCCUACGGCCUUCACAAGACGUCAUAUUUCUCAGCAAUGUAUAUUCACAAACCCUUAGAAAUUUUUCAGGUGGUUUCACGAAAUUGGCGAAGGCGGAGAAGGGGAAUUGGAGCACAGUAAAUGAUUCUGAGAACAAACCAAAGGAGGCUCUAAAUGUAGGAAUAUAUAAAAUUGUGGAUAAAAAGCCUUUAUGGGAGCCAAGUCCAUGUUUGGAGAAGGGUCAGCUCAUUGAUCAGUACAAAAAACUAUCGAAAUUCAGAUUAACAACUUUAGUUGUUAUUACUACAAUGGCUGGUUAUGCAGUGGCUCCAGCUCCAUUUGACCCAGCGUCUUUUUUAAUGGUAACUGUGGGAACGGGACUGGUGUCUGCCGCCGCGAACUCUGUAAAUCAAUUUCACGAAGUACCAUUUGAUUCUCAAAUGUCACGAACUAAAAGCCGGGUCCUUGUAACUGGAAAGGUGACACCAUUACACGCAAUGGGAUUUGCUUUAGUUUCAGGAGCUGCUGGUUUGAGUAUACUUUAUUAUGGAGUCAAUGGACUUACAGCAGCUUUGGGGCUUAGCAAUUUCAUACUUUAUACAUCCAUAUACACACCAAUGAAAAGAAUAUCUAUUUUAAAUACUUGGGUUGGGUCUGCAGUAGGUGCUAUACCUCCGUUGAUAGGUUGGGCUGGGUGCUGUGGAAGCAUUGAUGCUGGUGCGUGGAUAUUAGCCGGUUUACUUUAUGCUUGGCAAUUUCCACAUUUUAAUGCUCUUUCCUGGAACCUAAGACCUGAUUAUUCUCGUGCGGGGUAUCAAAUGAUGGCUGUUACAAACCCUGGAUUAUGUAGAAGAACUGCAUUGCGAUAUACAUUCGUUAUUACUUUAUUGUCAACCCUAGCGCCAAUAAUGGAUGUAACUAAUUACUGGUUCGCUUUAGAAACCCUACCUCUGAACGCGUACUUUUCGUAUUUGGCUUAUAAAUUUUACAAGGACUCCAACAGUGGAUCUUCACGUAAACUCUUUCGAUUUUCAUUGGUGCAUCUGCCGUUAAUCAUGAUCCUCUUUCUAUUAAAUAAAAAACGAUGGUUUUUCGCAGAAAAUACAGAGGACACUAAAAAACAUGAUCCGGUAGAUACAAAUGUCGGCAGUUUCAUAAAACUUAAUUUGCCCCAUAUUAACGCUUCAACUCUGGAAACAUCAUCGAAAACUGUGUAA